GCGUUCAGUGCCGUGGUUAAUUUGGGAAAAUUAAGCUAGUUAGCUAACGGGUCAACCUGCGCUCAUACUCUAAACGGGAGUUUCAUUUAAAAUAGAGCUCCCCAGAUUGUAGAACACUUUAGCAGGAUUUUAAUAAAAAGCGAGACCUCCCCUAAACGUGGACAACGACCUUCCCGGGGGAUAUUAGCUAUUUAGCACUGUUAUAAUAUCGUCCCGGAUUAGCUAACGUUAGCUGGCUGGCUAACAAGCUAAAAACAACAACUAGGCACCGGAGCUGUCGGUAACCCAGACAUUAGGAAAUAUGGCCGAGUUCAGCGGCAUGAUUGAAGUCACUGUGAAGACUCUGGACUCCCAGAGCAGGAGCUACAAAGUCAGAGGCGAGCUAACAGUGAAGCAGUUGAAGGAGCACAUAGCGUCAUCAGUGGAGAUCCCAGUAGACAAGCAGAGGCUCAUCUACCAGGGCAGGGUGCUGCAGGACGACACAACGCUGACUCAAUACAAUGUGGAUGGGAAGGUAAUCCACCUGGUGGAGCGUGCCCCACCUCAGGCCACCAUGCCUGGUGGUGGGGGUGCGGGUGUUUCCACCGGGGAGGCAGAGGACAGAAGCAGCAGCAGCCAUGCCUCGACCUCCUCCCAGGGUGGACCACAUGACCGCAACAGCUACGUGAUGCUGGGGACCUUCAACCUUCCCGUCAACAUCAUGGACCCUCAGCAGAUACAGAUGUCUGUUCAGCAGAUGAUGGCUGGAGUCGGUGAAGCUGGAAGGAAUGCCAGGGUCAGCACCAGCUCCGGGAGCAACGGGUCGGUGGACAUGCAGAUCAACGUGGAGCAGUCGGUGCAGAGUGAGCCCAGGAUGAGGCUGCAGCUGGCGGAGAACCUGCUCAGAGACGCUUGCUCUCUGGUCCACAGGCUGGAGGGAGUGUCCAGUGACAGCAGUUCCCACUCGCAGCCAGAGGUGCCUCAGUCCUCUUCCUCCCCACCGCCAUCUUCCUCCUCUGCUAGAGGGGUGGUAGCAUCAGAGCUCAUGGACACCAGCUCUCCCCCUGCUCCGUCAUCCUCCACCUCCACCCAGACCGAGGGGCCCGCCAACACUGGGCCCAAUCAUCCAAGUCCAGCAGAGUUUGUGGAGGUUCUGUCUGGAGUCAGGAGGGUGGAGGAGAGGUUACGGCCCUUCAUAGAGAGGUCCCACUCAAUUCUCAUAGCAGCCACCUCAGCAGACUACAACAACAAUACCCAGGAAAGAGAAGAGGAUCAGCGCAUUCUCAACCUGGUCGCAGAUGCUCUGCGUAUCCUUGGCAACAGCUUAGUUGUCCUCGGUGAGCUGCGCUGUAACCUGUCAACCUCUCCUCCACGUCACCUGUCUGUGACUCGUCUGAUGGCCCACUACACCCAGCCAGUCCUGCUCCAGGCUGCUCUGCCACACAUGCCCAUUCCAAUAAACUUAGGGACAACAGUGACCAUGACUUCUAACGGGAGACAGGCAGCAGAAGGACAUGAGUCGUCAGAUCAGCAGGCUACAGGCCAGGCUCCUCCUCUUCAGUCACAUGGGACCAGUCAUCACCAAGGACAGGGAGGACCCCGAGUCAUCCGGAUCACCCACCAGACCAUGGAGCCUGUCGUCAUGAUGCAGAUGAACAUUGAUGGAGCUGCUGGGUCUCAGGUGCCAGGACAGCCAAAUAACACAGGGACUGGACAGCCUGGACUGCCCCCUGAGUUCAUGCAGGCCAUUGUGCAGCAGAUCUCCCAGCAAGCUGCUGCCAUGGCCGCUGCAGCUUCAGCAGGCCACCCAGCACAACCCCCCCACCCUGCUCAGGGGGCAAGGGUUGUCAUCACCAGACCCUCCUUCUCCCCCAGCAUGCCUCAGUCUGUGGGAACCAGGGGAACCACCAUCAACCUGAGGGCCACAGUCCCCACAGCUGCUCAGCAGCCAGGACAGGGCACAGCCCCCUCCUCUCUCACCCAGAUGAUCAGCGGUCUGGUCGGACAGCUCCUGAUGCCGGGCCAGCCAGGUGAUCCAAUGCCUGCUUCUUUUUUGACCAGCUCUCAGUCCUCCUCCUCUACCUCCUCCUCGUCUGAUUCCUCCACCCUGUCUCCUCCUCCUCCCUCCACCCACACCACCCGUACAACCUCCGUAGGCCAGCCAGCAGAGGGAAGUCCUGAGGGUAAUCUGGCCCAGUUCCUGGGCUCUCUACUGGGAGGAGCAGAGGGACCAGCUCCCUCCAUCACUGUGACACUGCCGGGGGUGCCCGGCUUCUUCCAGGGCAUGUCAGACUUCACACCGCCCCCUGCCAGUGGUCCUGGUGCCCCAAUCCCCCCUCAGUCCACCGCUACUGCCCCACCCCAGGCCGGCAGCGGUGCAGGCGGAGACUCCUUGAGCCCGGAGCUGUUCACCGGCAUUGUGCAGGGAGUGCUGUCCACCAUGAUGAGCUCUCUGGGGGCACAGCAGGGCAGUGGAGAAAGCAUCGCCCAGUUCAUCCAGAGACUGUCCCAGAGCAGCAACCUGUUCACUCCUGGCUCCGGGGAUGCUGUGGCAGGAUUCUUUGGCGAGCUGCUGUCCCUGCUGUGUCGGAGUCUCUCUAUGGUGGACAUGGUGCUGCUGCUUCAUGGGAACGCCCAGCCUCUGAGCCACAUUCAGCCCCAGCUCACUGAUUUCUUCACCGAACACUACCUGCAGGGCAGAGAGCCCACUGAUGCCAACAUAGCUACAGCAGCUGAGGAGCUAAUCGACGGCCUGGAGGAGUACAUCGCUGAGAGCUUUGCCACAGUGACAGUGCAAGAGGGAGUGGAUAUCAUUCAGACCAACCUAUCCUUCCUCAGACAGCAGCUCACACAGAUUGCCUCACAUAUUCUGCACCACAAUGAUCACACCUUUGGCCCCCGUCUGCUGUUGCUGUGCACUCAGGGCCUGUUUGAGUGUCUGGCUCUGAACCUGUACUGCCUCGGAGGAGAACAGAGAUCUCUGACUGCAGUCAUCAACCACCGCAUUAGGAGGAUGUCUGCAGAAGUCAAUCCCAGUCUGGUCAACUGGCUUACCAGUAUGAUGUCUAUGAGGCUGCAUGUCAUAUUAGAGCACAACCCAGUUACUGAGGACCAAAUCCAGCACUACAUCAUCUAUACACAGGUGGAGGAAGGUUUGUCUCCAGCUCCAGGCACCACAGCAGAGGACGCCACGGCUUCAUCAGGAGACAGAGGAGAGAGGGAAGCGUCUCCCAGAGGGAACACUGCCUCAUCAGGGGAUUCUCAGCGUCCUGAUGGGGCCCCGACAGGAUGGGAGCGGGCAACCCCUGAGCUGGAGCCAUGGGCAGCAGCUGUUCCACCUGAAUGGGUUCCCAUCAUCAGACACGACAUGCUGUCUCAGAGGAAGAUCAGAAGCCAGCCACCGCUGUCUGACGGCUACCUGCACGGGAUGCCCGCCAAGAGGAGGAAGACAACCCAGUGUGAAGGACCACACCUGUCCCUGUCUGACGCAGUGAGUCGAGCUGCCCGCACUGCAGGAGCCCUGCCCGUCACUGCCCCAAACUGCCUGCAGGGGGAGCUGGAGAGGCUGCAGGAAGCAUACACCAAACAGGUAAAGAGGGACAUCAAAGAGCGAGUGAGAGACGAUCCGGACUACAGCGCCCAGCGGUUCCCCAACACACAGCAAGCUUUCUCUAUAGAAGACUCGUAGUCCUCCCCAGCCCAGCAGCUGCACACACACUACAUAUUGUAUGUGCAGCAUGGAACUCUUCCAGAGUGUGACAUCAGCUGCUAGAGUUUUAGAAUGGACAAACCUGCAGACUUGGUUUAAGAGCUACUUGAGUCACCUGUUGCUAAAACAUUCCCUUUGCUCUCUGAGAGACUAAUGAUGGAACCAGUUAGUGAGGAGUCUUAGUACUAAACACUGACUAGAAGACCAGAUGGGACAGGAGGACUGGGCCACAGGAAAACAUAUCUCAAAUCAUCUCAGAACUAAUCCUCUUCUGUAAAACAGUCCGGGCAUUAUAGAAGACGAGAAACAAAGUCACAAUAUUUCAAGAAUGAAGUCUUAAAUAAUAGAACACACUAAUUGUCUGUCCUAGUCAACAGUGACACCGUCAAAACUUGAGUCUUUUGCAAGGAAAAAUAGCUAUUACAUAUUAUAUGGGCCGUCAGAAAAUGUGAACACAUGCAAUGUAAUCUACCAUACAACUAAUGAAAUUUGGUGUUCUUUGCAACCUUAUUUGUGAAAUAUUAUGACUAUAUUCUCAUAUGAUGUUUUCUUAUAAAAAUGACUUUAUUCUCAUUUCAACAUGAGCUUUUUCUCCAAAUAUUCAGACAUUGAUUCAGACAUUGUUGCCUAACAGUGGUCCUUAUACUCCGUCAUACUGAGCACUAGUAUCCUGUGCUACAACUGUAGUUGUAUUAUAUAGACAAGGCCAAACUGGAAAUGAGUUGUACAUAGUAAAGGGCAGUGAUGUCAUAGAGCUUUGACCGUGUCAAUCAUGUACCGUAAGUAGUGGGGCUCGCCAUUGCAUCAGAUUUUUAUUUUUUUAGCAUCUUGUCUCUAGAUAUUCUAAAGUUCUAACAGGAUGCAGAUCUAAUUUAUGCUGUUUUAGUUGUCUUUACAAUUUGUUACUGUGUUCUUCUGGGUGAGAUGAUUCCAUAUGACCCAGAGAUACUAAUGAGGACAGCAACGUCAACUCUGUGAACUCUCCUGCUGAGGAAAUUCUGGGUUUCUCCUCAAAUACUGAGCAGUUUCUCCUCCUGCAUCAUCGAGAUUAAUAAAUCCUAUCACAACAGCGUCCUUGUGAUAUGAUUUAUUAAUUGAUAUUACGAUACAAUGAUUAGUUGAUGUGUGUAUGUUAGGGCAUUAUCUCCACUGUUAGAUUCUUCCACUGCAGUAUAAUAAUGUGCCACCGUGGUGACGGUAGACGUGUGAUGUUAGUCUGAAGCACAACGGCACUCAGUAGAGCUUUGUCAAACUCAGCGGUUACUCUGUACUUGUUAACAUCGCUGAAAUAAAUGAACCUCUAAAUAAA